UAGGGGGUUCCCCUUGAACGUCUGAACCAGGGUACUUCAUAUAUGAUAUAAGAUUGUUUUUAUUGGUUUUCAAUUAAGAAUUAAAGCGGUUUCAUCUUCAUAACACGACACAUCAAUUUAAUCCAACCAACAAAAAUGGCAGAGGGUCACAGAGCAAAUGAAAGAGGUCCUAUGGUCGAUGAUGACUUAUCAAAAAUGAAAAAAUCUAAAAUGAAACUUAUUGAUGGAAUUGCAAAUCCACAGCCUCUUAUUUCUUGCUUGGAUGGCAAGGGGGUUCUUACACGGCGUCACAGAGAAACUAUUGAUGCGGAGAACUGUGAUGUUGAUAAAGUCCAAAGACUGAUAAACCUAUUGAUGGAUGAUUGUAGAGGUGGAUUUAUAUCAUUUGUUGAAACUCUACAGGAAACAGGUCAUAAUAGUUUGGCUAAAUUAUUAUUAGACGAUCGAACAAUGCGUAUUAUGUUAAUUGGCGAGAUAGGUGCUGGUAAAAGUGCCCUAGGCAAUAAUUUAUUGGGAUUGUCUGGAAAUAAUGGAUUUAUAUCUCAAGUAAGCGCAAGUUCUGUAACCACAGAGAACCGCUCACUAACAAAUGUGAUAAACCUGAGGGGUAAAGAUAUAUCCUUCAAACUAUUGGAUACGCCUGGAUUAUCAGAUGUAAGAAAAUCUAAUUCGGAAAUAAAUGAAGAACUAGUUAAAUGCAUAUUCAAGCUUUAUCCAGGACCACAUAUUUUCUGCUUCGUCUUAAAAGUUGAUCGGAUUACAUCGUCCAUAAUGACAACAAUUGAAAAUUAUAAAGACAUGUUCGGUGAGUGUCUUAACAAAUAUGGUGUGAUUGUUUUUACAAACAAAGAUCGAUUAAAAGAUGUAUCAUUUGAUGAAUAUAUCAAAAAAGCACCGGAUGAAUUUAGAUUGUUUUUAGAUGAAUACUGUGGUCGUAGAUAUGCUUUAAUAAACAACGACAAUCCUCAAAACGGCGUGACUGAUAUUCAGGAGCUGAUUUUAAAAACCAUAAAAGAAAAUGAGUUUCAAUAUUACACACAUGAUAUGUUUGAAAAGGCCACGGAGUUGUAUCGCCAAAAGAUGCUACAGUUGGAGGAGGAGAGAAAUAAGAUGAAGAAUGAAAAUCAAGAAUUGAAAAAGAAGUUGGAGGAUUAUGAAGAUAUGAAAAAGAAAUUGGAGGAAUCUGAGGACCAGAAAAGGGCAAAGGAGAAGGAACUGGAAGAUAUGAAGGUUAAAUUGAAGAGAUACCAAGAACAGGAAGACCUAUCUCUAUCACACGAACAAAAUGUACCAAAGGAAGACAAAAUGAUGUCUGAUAGCCCCAAGACAACUGAACCAGUAGAUUUGCAGACACAAGAAAAUGUUGAGGAUUUAAAAAGGACGGCUGAUAUUAAAAGUGUAGACAUCGGUAGUCUUUGUGAUAUCCUUGUGAAUCGGGGUUAUUUGAAUGAUAAAGAGAGAAAAGAUAUAGUUACAAUAAAGCCAUCAAUAGCAACAGUGGAUCACCUUGUGGAUAUCUUACAGCAUAAUACCAAAAAAUACAGAAAAGCAUAUCGUAUACUUAUUAAGCACUUAAAAAUGGAAGCUACCCAAAGCAGCAUAAUUCAGCGUGAUAAGAGAUAUGAAAACAUAGGCCUACUUAACAAGAUGGAAGCUUAUAAAGAGAACUACCCAGCACGUUAUGCUACCUUGCAUUCUAAUGACCAGAGUGGCAUUAUACAUGUUACAUUACUGGUAUCAGUGCUAUUUUUUGUUAUUAUUCUGCUCCUUGUGAUGACCAGGCUAGAGCCUAUUAUGAGACAGAGUUGUAAACUGGACUGUUUUGAUACAAAAAGUGCUUCACGAGACAACAUCUGUUAUGGUAACUUCUUGGUGUGCGAUGCACGGAACUGUGGGUAAACCACAAGAAACGUCCACGCUGAUUGAUGAAUCAAUGUCUGACGUCAUAGGGUCAAAAGCCAUUCGUGUGACCUCUGACGCUGCCUUUUACUACAACCAGUCAGAUCUUCAUGUAGUGAAGGCCAUCGAAAGUAUAAAAAAAACCGUAACGAAAUAUAGAUCUGUAUUUUAUUCAGAUUGUGUUUAAACUAAUAGACCAGAGGCUCAGUGAGCGUGGAUGUCUAACAAAUGGGCACAAAACCAGACCCAACUUUUCUAUUGUAAAAUUUUGCAUAGAAUAAGAUGCUGAGUGGUAAUCAUUCCGCCGCUGGGGUGUUUUCGUGAUUAUCAGGGUCAAAGGUCAAAUGAGUUCAUUUGCACUGAAAGUAAAUGUGCAGCCAUUCUUGUAUCAUGAAAAUAAGCUGAAAAUAAUCAAAAGUAAUUACCCUUUCAAUAAAAAUGUAACCUUGCUAAAUUCACCUUAAUUGUUCUUUGUGACCCUGGAGGUCAAAAGGUGAAAUUUUCCGUUUUAGCACUAAGAAGAUUUAAAGCAAUAAAUGUGCGAAACCUGUUCUAAUUAAUAAUAGGCACAUUUAAAAUGUAUCUUAAGGUAGUCUUAGCACCAAACUUUUACUUUGGAACGUGGAAAUAGAUCUUGCAUAAGUGUGUUGUGGGGGUGUACAGUGUACACACACAUAUCCGAAAAAUACAAGACAUUCAUUGCGAGUACGCGGAUACAGCACUCGGAAAACCUCGGCAGAUUCCGUUACUCUACAUCUAGCUUCGGCUGUAUGACGGUAAGUGAUAUGUACCUACGAACUUGCCGGUUUUAGAAAGAAGUUAUCAAAAUUGCCUCGUUCGAAGCGUGUUUAGAAUUUUCAGAGCAAAGUUGUCCUUGUUUGAAGAAAAUCUGAUUAGGUACAUAUCACUUACCGUCAUACAGCCGAGGCUAGAUGUAGAGUAACGGAAUCUGCCGAGUGCUUAACCGGUAUUAGAAAUUUCGCGAGACGCGUGAAAUUAUGAAAUGAAUACGUGACUAAAUUCACGUUUCUAAUGUCGAAGAAAAGAUUCUAUUUUGAUGAUCAUAUUUAUAUGGGGUUUAUGUUUUUAAAUAAAGAAAUAAGUAAUCUAGGCAAUGUUGACGAAUAUGUCGAUUGGAAUAGUGUAAGUACUUAAUUGUUUUAGACGAUAGCGCGUGCUAGAGUAGAAUGCGAUUAUUUAGCGGAUGGUGUAAUUUCUCGUUGUGGUAUAGCGACGUUUAUUGCCCAAAAAAUUUCGGGAUAUCACAUUCUUACCCUCUGUACAUAAGUCGUAACGGAGUAUAAGACGAAUGCCGGACUUCUGCUGAAAAAUGUAGCGACUUAUGACCCGAAAAUACGGUAAUUUUGGAGGAAUUUGAAACAGUACAGAUCGGCAGUAGUGGGCACGCUUUCAUUCUAUCGUAUUACGAAUUUUGUAGAAAUAUUACUGACAUAAAUUUGUAUACCGUACGGGAAUUAAAUAUGAAAAAUAACGAGUUGCACCUAUUUUUAUAUUACAGACGAAUUUGAAUAUUUUGUUUACACGUGAUUUUUGUGUGUGGUCUGAAAACUGCCAUCUUAAAUAACGAUAAGAGUUAUGUCCCUUUAUUUUCGGUAAAAAUGUCCGACAAGAAAAAUUUUGAAAUCCCAUCACUGGUGUACACAAUGAAGAUAUUUCUAUAGUUCAUACAUUUAUUAUUUUCAUACAUCUAUUCAUUCAUAAAAAAAGACCAUGCUUCUUUCUUUGAAGUCUCGGGAGUUCUCUCCCCUUGAUUAUCCAAAAAUGGAAAAUACUCUCAUUUACAGCUAACAUACAUUUAUGCAGCAGUUACUCCCCAUUAAGCUGUGACUGUAAGGUCUAAGGGUGUAUAUUACUGAACAACAGAACCAAAACACUUUGAGGCUUGUAUCAAAAAUAUCUCGAAAACAACCCCAAUGGCAGACUGAUUACCACUCGGAGUCACAUUCUACGCAAAAUUGUACUAUAGAAAAGUUGAGUCUGGUUUUAUGCGCAUCCCCGCACUGAGCCUCCAGACUAUAAAUACUGUUAUCAAUAAUUAUUGAUAUUUUCUAUAAAAGGAAAUGAAAUGAAAUGAAGUGGGGUUUAACGUCCUACUGUUUUGCUCCUAAACUGGGCUAAUGAAGACGGGCAUACGCCAUACAGUGUGCUAUGAGGGAAAUUUUGCCCGGGCAGCGGCGCUACGGCCUACUCUUAUAUCAAUUUCCACCUGCCAAGGGAUCUUUUACGUGCACGCCAAUAUGUACACGGGACCUCGGUUUUUCAUCCCAUCCAAACAACUAGACAGCUGUCCUUGUCAGGCCCUCCGUCCUGCAUCACUGACAAGGGGAAACCACUCCGGAAAAUCUGGAUGAACUUUCUCGGCCAAUGCAGGGAUUGGAACACCCGACCUCCAGGCUAGCAAGCCGGCGUCUUACCCACUUAGCCACGUGAUCCCCUUCUAUAAAAGGAGAUCCAAACUUCCGUAUGUUCCCUUGUCCAUUAGUUUUCUGCAUUUUGGUUUAAAUAAGCUUUAUAAAAAUGUAUAGUUUGUUUAGCAUGGAGAAACUUGUUGUGGAAUUGUAUUUCUCUACACGUUUUGGCUGCAGGUGAUACAUGUAUAUAAAUGGUAUAUUUAGAAAUUUGUAAUUACAUGUAAUAUUUUUUGAAUAAAAU